GCGGCCCAGAGCCCGGUCGGAGGGGCGCGCGCGGGGGCCGGCGGGGCUAAGGCGCGCGAGCGCGCAUGCGCGAGCGGCGAGGCUUUCUCCGGAGCCGUCGGAGAGAGCCGGAGCGCUUCUCCUGAGUUGGUGAUCAGCCAGUUGUGGUCCAGCAUGCAGAAGUGAGCAAGAGGUGCAAAGCAGCGGAGCUGAUGGAUGAUAAGGAUGUAAGUGUGUUUGAAGGCUUCCACACCCUCUACUCCAGGCUUUGGUGUUGUUUGGGACCAACAAAGGAAGCUUACUCUGUCAUUAAGACUGGCUGAGCCAUGGCCACAGAUGACACAUGCAGUUGUUCAAUGCCUAUAGCCCUGAUGACUGCACACUGAUGCAUAGAAGAGUCACAACUGGAGAGAUAUCAGACAGAAUCAUGAAUAAACUGGAGGAUAAGCAAGACCAGAUGAUACCAUGAAGAGAAGUUUACAGGCCCUCUAUUGCCAACUGUUAAGCUUCCUCCUGACUGUGACACUGACUGAAGCACUGGUACUUGCUGUCCCGGAACUGGAAUCUCUUCAGGUCCUCCCUUCAGGCAGUCCCCCAGGCACCAUGGUGACUGCCUCCCACAGCCAGACCACUCACUCCUCUGUGGUGACACUGAGCCCUGCUCCUGAUGGACUCUCAGAGCCCACAGCUGCCAUGGCAACAGCGAUACCCCAUCAAAAUGGGCCCCCUCCUAUAAACACCACUUCCACUAUCUUAGUGACAGCAACCAUCCUCCAUCCUGAAAGCCCCUUGCCCACAGGUUCCCCUGCAGUUGCCAUGGCAACCACAUACUCCCACUCAGAGAGCCGUCCCACAGGGGAGGCUACCUCCACCAUCCUAUUGACAAAACCAACAGGAGCCACCAGCCACCCCAUCACAGCAGCCCCUCGGGCUACCACACGCAGGCCCCCCCGACUCCCAGGCUCUUCCCGAAAAGGGGCUAGCAGCUCAUCACGCCCUACCCCACCGGUACCUGGUGGCCACUCUGGGAGGAAGGAAGGCCAGCGGGGACGGAAUCAGAGCUCCACACACCUGGGGCAGAAGCGCCCAUUAGGGAAGAUCUUUCAGAUCUACAAGGGCAACUUCACAGGGUCUGUGGAGUCAGAUCCCUCUGCCCCCAGGACCCCGAACUUCUCUUUGCCACAACCCCAGACAGUGGCUGCGACCACAGCACCCAGAAGUACCUCAUGGGUGCCACCCACCACCCUGCUGUUGCCUGCAGAGGACAAUCCGGGACUUAGCACAGCAGACCAAGGGGGUGGUUCCAUCUUCACCAGCCCAACAAGUGAGCCGAAUGCCACAGCAGCUGCAGCUCCUACCAGUUCACGAGCCACCCCAGUGCCUUCUCAGCACCCUCACGGUGACACGCAGGACCGCCCCAGCCUCAGUGACUCUUGGCUUACUGUCACCCUUGGCACCAACAGACCUCCGUCUGCCAGCUCUGGGGCCUUUACAGCUGUGAUGGGGCCAACCCCAGCUGCCUUCGAUGCCAGUGUCUCAGCCCCUUCCCAGGGGAUUCCUCAGGAAACAUCCACAACCCCACAGGCCCCAGCCCAUCCCCUUGGGGUCUCAGAAAGCACUGUUUCUCCAGCUGAGGAGGAGGCUACAGCCUCCCUCUCCACGACCAACAGGGUGCCCAGUCCUCUCUCCACAGUGGUGUCCACAGCCACGGGAAACUUCCUCAACCGCCUGGUCCCUGCUGGGACCUGGAAGCCUGGGACAGCAGCAAACAUCUCCCAUGUGGCCGAAGGGGACAAGCCCCAGCACAGAGCCACCAUCUGCCUGAGCAAGAUGGACAUCGCCUGGGUGAUCCUAGCCAUCAGUGUGCCCAUCUCCUCCUGCUCCGUCUUGCUCACAGUGUGCUGCAUGAGGAGGAAGAAGAAGACGGCCAACCCUGAGAACAACCUGAGUUACUGGAACAACGCCAUCACCAUGGACUACUUCAACAGGCAUGCUGUGGAGCUACCGCGGGAAAUCCAGUCCCUGGAGACCUCUGAGGACCAGCUCUCCGAGCCUCGCUCCCCGGCCAACGGCGACUACCGUGACACCGGCAUGGUCCUGGUGAACCCCUUCUGUCAGGAGACGCUGUUCGCAGGAAACGACCAAGUGUCCGAGAUCUAACUGCAGCAGCCUUUGUUUUGCCAUUCCCUGUUUUUGUCCUUCAAAAUUAUAAAUAUACAAAUAUAUAUUAUAAAUAUAACCUUUGUGUAACCCUGACUUAAUGAGAAACAUUUUCAGCUUUUUUUCCUAAGAAUUGUCAACACCUUUUUUAUAAGUGUGGUUUAAACACAAAACAAAAAAAAAACUUUACAGAAUGAUCUGUGGCUUUAUAAAAUAAAGGUAUUUCUAAGCAAA